UAGCUCUCCCAUUUCACAAGAUCGUCAAGACCGCGUGGUAGAAAAUACAGCCUCACCUGACAUGGCAUCCCAAGCCGUCGAGACCCAUCGUGCCGGCGCGGAGGUAUUCCGCGGCGACGGCGCCAUCUGCAAGAAGAAGUGCGUGGAGGUGCUGGAGGAGCUGGGCCUCCCGACGGGCCUGCUGCCCCUGGAGGACAUGGAGGAGUUUGGGUACAACCGCGCGGCUGGCUUCAUGUGGCUGGUGCAGAGGAAGAAGACGGAGCACACGUUCAAGAAGGUGAAGCAGACCGUGUCGUACGCCGGCGAGGUGACGGCCUUCGUCGAGCCGGGGAAGCUGAGGAAGAUCGCCGGCGUGAAGACCAAGGAGCUGUUCCUGUGGCUCAGCGUGGUGGAGGUGUAU